AUGCCAACUUCUAUCCAUGACCUUCCGGUGGAAACGCUUGCGCGCGUUUUCGUGAGCAUGCUCUCCAUCGACGUCCCUCCAACCUUCCCGUUGGCGUUGCGCCUCGUUUGCAGGCACUGGCAUGAAGUCUCAGAACAGACAUCUGGGCUGUGGUCUGGACUGAUUGGUCGGUAUGGUCGGAGAUGGGCGGAGCGUGCGCUUGAGCUCUCAAGGAAUAGCUCCCUCGACAUCGUGCUAGACGCCCAAGGAACCACGCUAGAACGAUGGACGUUAGAAUACCUUAUUCUCCAACAAUUGCAUCGCAUUCGCACGCUCAAGUUCACCACACACGAGAUAUCCCACAAGCGUGUCAAGAAAGCUCUGAAGACCUCAGCUACAUUACUCGAAGAGCUUGCGAUCUCGGGCCAAUGGUCUGGGCCACCGACGGACCUCAGUGGCGCUUUCUUCCACCCCACACCCCCUCGACUCUCUCACCUCAGCCUCACACGGGCACGAAUGACAGCCGACUUUCCUCCCCUGUCAUCUCCUCUAACACAUCUGUGUUUGGACUCGUGCAGUGGCUGGCGCUCCAUCGACGAGAUUUUGACUAUGUUAUCCAACCUCCCUCGGCUUCGGUCCUUCAAGUGGAAACGCGCCCUAUCGGCGACGGUGCCACGACCAUCCGCCAAGCCUUACGAACAACAUAUCGAACUGCCAGAUCUCGAAGACCUUGAAAUGAGUGACAUGUGGACGGUCAUCAUAGGUGUCUCGUCGCGCAUAUUGUUCCCUCCGACUUGUGACAUCGUGCUGUCUAUAGACAUCAGCCACUCUAUCUACACCAUCGGGACGAAUUUACUCCGCACCAGUCUGAACAUUGGUGUCCUACCGCACCUGAAAGCGGCAUUCGACGAUCGCGAAAACGGCUUCUCUGAUUUGCAGAUUUUUGAUAGCGUCGAAGAAUAUGGAUUCACCGCUCGCUGGUCAAAUCCUCGCCUUUCACACGUAGGACCGGCUAAAUUUGAACUAUCCCUCUUUGGCAGAGCCGAUUUCGAAGCUCGGCAGAGCGACGCGUUAUUUCAUGUUCUUGAACAGUGGCCUGGAAUCGCAGCGCACGUAGCCCGCCUGACUGUACACCACAACAGCUUCUGCGACGACGCCCGAACCUGGAGCGGUCUCUUCAAUCGUAUCGGAAAUAUUGAUCAUCUCACGGCGGGCGGCGCGGCCGUUAAGACGCUCUGUACAGCGCUCUCCGAGGCCGAGGAGCAGCUUCCCCGUCUGACACAACUUACACUGAAAGACGGUCGACUCGCUAAAUCGACAUAUCACCAGUUUAUCGGCCUGAUGGAGGGCAGGCGCCAGGACGUCAACCAAUCGGCAUCCCGACCCCCUCGGAAGAUUUCGUUCGUCGAGUGCAACAUCAUGGGAGAGAAAACGUCACGGACGGAUGUCAUGUUGAGGGGAUAG